AUGAAGCCUUAUGAUGGGAAUACGGAUCCUGAAGAACAUGUGACAAAAUACAGGGAAACAAUGGAGAUCAACCCUAUUCCCAUAGAUUUGAAGGAAGCUUGUCUAUGCAAGGGUGCAACGUACCAAAGGCUAGUUAAUUUGAUGUUCAAGGGAAAACUAGGGGACACCAUGGAAAUCCACAUUGAUGACAUCUGCAGAACAUUCUCAAGUAUCACUAAUGAUCUCUAUCGGGUGGUUCAGGAUUCUAAGGAAUCCCUCACGGAUGUCAUGAAUAGGUUCGCCAGGGAAGCUCUAAGUAUCGCCAACAUCGAUAUGGUGAUUGUCGUAGAAGCCUUCAAAAUGGGCUUAAAGAAGGACUCCCCUUUCUAUGAAGACCUUGUAAUGACUCCAUGCAAAAGAAUUGAUGAAGUAAGGAGCAUAAGACCUUGUAAUGACUACAUCCAAGAGAGGAGCAACCUACCAAACUCAUAUGACAACCCCAAUAGGAUGGCCAAUUCCUCGGUUCUUUUCGACAAAGCAACAUGGGUAAGAAAGGGAGAAAAUUUCACCGCCAAGAAAGACAAGUGCAAAUGUGGCACAUACCACGAAGACUUCAGCUACAUUACAGAAGAUUGCAUAACCUUCAGAAUGGAGAUUAGUUAUCUACUUAGCAAGGGAUACCUCAAGGAGAUCCUUGGAAAAAGAAAAGAAAUAUUCAAAGAAAAGGAUCAGGAUGCUCAUAAGAUCCUAAAAAAACCAGGAUAUUCUCCUGCGGACACCAAGGUAAUCAAUGUGAUCUAUGGAGGAUCUGAAAUUUUUGGUACUUCUUAUUCUACAACAAAAAGACAUGCCAAAGUGUCGAAAACGGAGAAAGAAGAAAGGCCUCAAAAGAACACAUCGAUCAUGUUCGAAAAGGACAUUACCUUCGAUGAAACGGAUAUAACAGACAUCCAGGAUUCCUACCACGAUGCACUGGUGAUCAAUAUUUACAUCGUCCAACAUUUGGUCAGAAGGAUCCUUGUCGAUGGAGGAUCCUUAGUUAACAUUAUACUCUUGGAUGCUUUGAAAAAGAUGAGCAUCCCCGAAGCCGAAAUAUUAAAAAUAUCCUCAUUGCUAAUAGGAUUUAGUCAUGAAACAAACCAUACGGUUAGCAGGAUAUAA